AUGAACAAAAGCAACAACACAGAAUCAUCAGAAUUGCGAAAAUCAGAAAGCAAGAAGCACGAACAGCGCAAUUAUCAGGUUAAUGACGGAGAUUGGGGCAGAGAGGCGGCUGGGGGUGGCGGUCGUGGCGGGUGUCGCGGUGGAGGAGGGGGACACGUCGGUGGUGGCGGCAGGUUAGGGGGCAGGGGCUUCGGUAAGGUUAGGGGGGAAUGGGGGGAAGGUUUGGGAUGGGGGUUGAGGGUGGUGGUGGUUGGAGGUGGCACGGCCGGUGGCGAUGCGGUGGGCGGCGAUUGUGGAGGGGGUAGCGGCGGUGGAGGGAGAAGAGGAGAGAGGGGAAGAAGGAAGAGGGGGAAGGAGGAGAGGGUGGCGUGGCAGUGGGUUCUGGGUGGUUAG